AUAAAGAUUUUACCAAACAAAGGGCUGAUAUCUGUGAAUUGGGGUCGUAGUCUGACUGAAACUAUACUUAAUAUUUCGAUAAUCGGUGAUAUGACCUAUACAAUAAACACCACGGAAGGACAUAUCUAAAGACCAUACUGAGGUGAGGUCAGAGAAACGUUACUGCAGGAUGUUGGAGAAGAUUGGGUUCGAGCAAGCAUGGACCACCAUGACGGAUCGAUACACGACCUGGCAGAUUGCUGGACCAGGUUCCCUCAUCGUCCACGAGACGUUGUACCUGCUAAUUUGCCUUCCUGGUUUCGUAUUUCAAUUUAUACCUUACAUGCAGAAAUACAAGAUACAAAAGAAACCUGAGGGAUUUGAGUCGCAGUGGAAGUGUUUCAAGUUGCUUAUGUUCAAUCACUUUGUCAUCCAAAUGCCCCUGAUAUUCGCUAUUCAUUUGUACACCAAAAUAUUUAACAUCGGCUACGAUUACGAGUCAAUGCCAACAUGGUAUUCUCUCCUGCUCCAGCUUUAUGCGUGUCUUAUUCUGGAGGACACGUGGCACUACUUCCUCCAUCGCGCGCUCCAUCAUAAGUCGAUUUAUAAAUACGUGCACAAGGUUCAUCACAACUUUCAGGCUCCAUUUGGUAUGGUCGCCGAGUAUGCACAUCCUGUCGAGACUGUGGUUCUUGGGUUUGGCUUUUUCAUCGGGCCUCUGAUGCUCUGCACUCAUUUAAUCUUACUGUGGACGUGGGUUGCAGUUCGUCUGCUCGAAACGAUCGAUGUGCACAGUGGCUACAAUUUUAAAUGGAAUCCUCUCCAUUUACUGCCAUUCUAUGGAGACUUCUGA